AAACGACACACGAGGAAACGGUGGUUUGUGGAGUUCACUAAAGUUUGACCAGAGUUACGAUUAUGGACGGAGAUAAUUAAUAUUCAGUGUUAAUAUUCCCUUAGUGCGGAGUAGUUGAAAAGAAUAAAAAAGGUUUUAGAGGCGUUUCAUCUUGCUACUGACAUGUCUCUGUUUCUUGUGAACAGGUAUCUCGGAGAGGAGGAUGAUGGGAGCAUCUCAAUGGAGUCUCGGUCCCAGGCAUUACUGGCUAAACUGCAACAGAAGGCGAAAGAGAAGCAGAAACAGAGUUUGACAGAACAGAGACAGCAGACAGUACAGCAGGGUGUCAAAAAGAAAAGAAAGGCCGGCCAGGACAGCACCCUAGAGCCUCAACACCACAAAAAGAGGAAAUCAUCAGUAGAGCCUUUGGAUGUUCUGGACUCUGAAAACAAUAUUGAGACUGUCAAAGACAAAAAGAAGAAGAAGAAGAAAGGUGCAAAUGAAAGACUGAAGCAGAAGAAUCAAUCAGGUGGUUCAGUUGAAGGUCUUUCAGACUCUCCUGUGACGGGAAGUGAUGGAUCAGAGGACACUGGAGGAGAAGAGGAAGCAGAGGCAGACAAUGACCCACCAAAACAACCCCCAGAGAAGACUUCUGCUCCCACUGGAUUCACAGUUAUGGGCGGAUUUGAGAACAAACCUGUCCAAAAGGUACACAGAGUCCUGCCUCAGUGGCUCGCUCAGCCUGAUGUGAUUCACAGAGACAUUAAAAGCAACCUGGUCCCCGUCUCUGACAUCUCAGGACUUUGUGCUGGACUUGUGAAAAAACUGCAAAAUAACGGGAUUCAACACUUCUUUCCAGUGCAAGCAGAGGUCAUCCCAGCCAUCUUAGAGAGCACACAGCAGGGACUACUGAUUGGACGUGGUGGCUACAAGCCCAGAGACAUCUGUGUGUCUGCACCAACAGGCAGUGGCAAGACUCUUGCCUUUGUCAUACCUGUCAUACAGGUGCUGACGGAGCGGGUGGUGUGUGAAGUCCGGGCUUUGGCUGUGUUGCCGACCAAAGAGCUCGCUCAGCAGGUUUGCAAAGUGUUCACAUCAUACGCUGAGGGAACGACUCUGAGAGUGGUGAUGCUGGCUGGUCAGAGGUCCUUUGCUGCAGAGCAGGCCUCACUCUCAGAACACAGAGCGGGCAUGAGACGCAGUUUAGCAGACAUCGUUGUGGCCACUCCAGGUCGACUGGUUGACCACAUCAACAAGAAUUCAGGCUUGUGUCUGGAACACCUCCGCUUUCUUAUCAUUGACGAAGCUGACAGGAUGAUCGACAGCAUGCACCAGUCCUGGCUCAGUCAGGUGGUGAAGGCGGUGUACAGAUCAGGAAGUGAACCAGAAGCCAUGUCCAUCUUCAGGAGGACUGAGCCAGCGUAUGUCACAGCAGCCAGUCUGUCUCCACCUCAAGUGCCGCUGCAGAAGCUGCUGUUUUCUGCCACACUCACACAAAACCCAGAGAAGCUGCAGCAGCUGGGCCUCCACCAGCCCAGACUCUUCAGCUCCAUCCACAGCCACACCAGCACCACACCAGCAGCCCCCACCCAGAAGCAAGACCGCUUUGACUUCCCCCAAGGCCUGACGGAGUAUUAUGUUCCCUGUACGUUGAGCAAAAAGCCCCUCCUCAUCAUCCACUGCAUCCUGCGCAUGAAGCUCAGCCCCAUCCUUUGUUUCACCAACUCCAGAGAGACUGCACACAGGCUCUUCCUGCUGGUGCAGCUGUUUGGUGGAGUUCAUGCUGCUGAGUUCUCCUCCCGACUCUCUCCUGGUGAGAGGAAAAAGACGCUGAAGAAAUUUGAACAAGGAAAGAUCCAACUGUUGAUCAGCACAGAUGCAGCUGCCAGAGGCAUCGACAUCAACGGAGUCAAAUGUGUUGUGAAUUAUGAUGCGCCACAGUACAUCAGGACGUACAUUCACAGGAUUGGAAGGACAGCGAGGGCAGGAAAAGCAGGCCUGGCCUUCACCUUUCUGCUUGGAGUACAGGAGAAGAACUUCCUUCAAAUGGUGCAGGAGGCAGGCAGUCCUGGGAUUCAGAAGCAGAUUUUUAAACCUGAGAACCUCAAAUGUAUGGAAGCCCGAUAUGAAACAACACUGCAAGAGCUGGCUAAUGUGAUCAAGGAUGAGAAAGCCAAAUAAUGGGAGUAGCACUGACCUCCUCCUCUGAGCUGACAUCUGUACCUGUGUUUUCAUCACAGCACAACUGUGUUUAGUUGUUUUAUUUUGUUGAAACGGGUGUGCGGUGAAGGUGCUGAUUUCAGCUCCACUGUGUCAGUUCACAUCAACACAGCUGAGGUGCCUGUAAAAAUUUCUUUUCCUGUUAUCUGAGGCAUUGACCUGUGACCUGAUACUGGCAGUAGAAAAAAGAUCUACAUAAACACAGUAUGAAGAGAAUGAACAUAUGUAUGAAUUCAGGAAGUAUCAUUUAGAAGAGAAGUCAUUAAUAUGAAGUGAUAUUUCAUCAUGUGCUCAUAAUAAAAUACAUUUUUUUAUACUUUA